AUGAAGAUGCUGAAGGCUCCAGAGAGAGUCCUUGCUGAGCACUACCAUGACCUACAAAGGAAGCCCUUCUACCCAACCAUCAUCAGCUACAUGACCUCUGGCCCUGUGGCCAUGGUCUCAGAUCGCCCCAAAGUGGUCUGCUCCUCAAGGGUCAUAAUAGGACACAUUGACUCAGCUGAGGCUGCCCCUGGCACCAUCAGGGAGGACGUCAGCAUCCAUAUCAGCAGAAUCAUCCACACUGACUCUGUGGAGGGGGCCCAGAGAGAGAUCCAGUUAUGA